GAAAUUAUAUUUUGACUUUUCAAAGUUUGACAGGUGUAUCGUAUAGCGAAAAGGAGAUAUUUCAAAACAAACAAAUAAAUGUUUAUUUUUAGUCAUUAACCCAAAAUGAAGAAUGCAUCAUCGUUAAAGUCUAAUGCUAUUAAUUCGCCGAAGACACCGGGCGGUAUAAGUAAGUCUUUACUAACUCCUUGUCGAAGAGUUGGGUUGUCACGAAAUUGGAAAAACAAAGGGCCUUCGCCGUUUAUAUCGCCCUUGUCUGGCACUCCUCAAGAAGUGAAAGAAGAGAAGGUUGAGAUCAGGAAGCGGAAACAACGUGUAUUGGAGGAUAAUGUUGAAAAAACAUCUGAAACUUGUACUGCUGGCCCUGACGAAGUGGAAGUGGAAGAAAGUAAAGAUAUAGACAAAACACCAUCUAGAAAUGUAGAAUUACCUCGUAGAAAGAAAUCCAAGACACUUUUAGCAUCUAUUAAUAAAUCUCAAGAGGACAUAAUUACUCACCCAGAGGUAAAUAAUGAAAAUAUUGAUGUAGCUGUAGAUGAAGACAUUUCUCUUAAAAAAAUAGGGCAAAAUUACGAAAACAUUGAAGAAGUAUCAACUCCUGUAAGGACCAAGUCUAAAAAGAGCAAGAAAAGAUCCCCAAGACUGAAAGUAAGUACAAAAGAUGCUAAAACUGAUACAAAAAUAACUGUUGAUCCACAAAAUGAGGCGAGUACUGAUACACCUGAUAAAAGUUCUGCAGCAACCACAGAUAUGGUUUACCAAGUCAAAGAAAAGAGUCCCAAUGACCUUAGAAAAGAAUGUAUAGUUGUGAUACAAAGAAAAAUAUUUAAGAAAACAGAAGAUUCUAUGAAAGAAGAAGUUAAAGACGCAAAAUCGUCUACUCAAGCAUUAUUUGAUUCAGAUUCUGAUGAGGUGCCUUUAAUACAACUGAAUAAAACAGAAACUAAAAGCAAAUCGGAUAUUGUAACUGAACAUAAACAAAUAGAUAAUAAGACAGAGCCCAUACCAAAUUCAAAUGAAGAUGAUGAUUUCAUAGACAAAUCUACUAAAAUCAACACAAUUAAAAAUAAAGACUCAAAACCUUCAAAGAAUAAACUUAAAACCAACAAAAAUACCAAGACCAAACCAGAAAAAGUAAAAGAACAGCCAAAACCAUCAUCACAAUCCUCUUUUGAUGACGAUGAUGACUUUGAUAACAGUAAAAAAACAAUACUUAUAAGAAAAACGUACGAGAAAGUUAGUAAGCCGUUGAAAGCUAAAUCAACUGGCUCCAUAACUCAGAAAGACAUUGAUGAACUUAGAGCGAGGAUAGAAAUGAAGAAGAAAUUAUUGUUAGCUCAAUCUAUCAAUCCUGAUACUGAGGAACUCAGAAGUCUAAUAAAGAAAUGGCAAAAAGGAUGCCAGGAAGCUUUAAUAGAAUUAUUAGAUCUAAUGAAAACUAAACUCCAUGAUAAACAGGACAUGGACUACUCCCAAAUGUUGCAAACAUUGAAAAUUCCACCUUCCUUAGUUGGAUAUGAUGCAGAAAAUGAUUGUUUUAAUGAACCUAAUGAUGCCAGCAUCAUUUUAGGCCAGUUUGAAGGCAUAUAGUUAUUUAAAAUUUAUACUAAGAAGUUGUUACAUAAUUUAAUUAAAGUUUUUAUUUUAAGUAUUAA